AUGGCCUGUGCAUUUUGCUUUGCGAUACAAACAUACGCUCAACUCGUCCUUUAUCAUCAUUCAAUUUCGGAAGCAUUGAAGAAAUUUUUUUGUUAUUUUAUAAUUAUAUAUCCUGUUGUUAUGAUAAGCAUCCUUAUUGGAUUAUCAGCACGUUUUAAUGCUGUUGAACCGAGAAGAAUAAAUUGCGACGUUGUUUAUCCUAUUUGGAUUAGGUUAUUUAGCUUUUCUGGUAUUAAUCAACUUUAUAGUAUUCCAGGCACAAUUUUAAGUGGUCGUGCCGCUUAUGAAGUAUAUAAACAUAUGGACCAACUUAAAAAGCCGAGUACUAAUUCUACUGAACAAAUAAUUACUCAAAAUAAUAUUCAAGAACCUAAAUAUUCUAAAGAUCCUUUUUCUAAAACGAGCAGGUCUUAUAAUUUGACAAGAGCUGCUGCUAUUAAAAUGGUCACAUUUUCUUUUUUAUUUGCUUUCAUAAAUUUGUUGUCUAGUAUAUCAAGUUUUGCUGCUAUUAUAAAAGGUUACCCUCUUGUAAAAGAACCUUAUAUCAUGGAUUUUAUUGGUAAAUCUCUUGGAAUUUUUGUAUUUCUUGUUUUUGGGUGGCCACAUAAUUUCGAAAAGGCUAAGCAGAUUUGGCUAAAUGGUUAA